AUUUUUUUAUUAUCCCUAGAGGUCAAGAUGGAGGACACCAUCUUCAAAACUUGUGUUGUUGGUGCAUAAAAGUGUGUUUAUUUCGUCAAAACGGUGUUGGCACUUUCCCCCGCAAUGAAGCCCCCGGGGUCGAGAUUUUAAUUAAAUUGUAGCGAUGCGUUACAUUGGAGCUGCCUAAAGGCCCCCUUGUCAGUGUUCAAAAUAAUAGCAAUCCCAAAUUGUGCCAAAAUGUUCAAUAGCAGCCUUUUGUACGAAAAACGACCUUUGAAAAAGCCGAAAAUCGGCCCUCCGGACGUUUACCCGCAAGAACCGAAGCAAAAAGAAGACGAGUUGACGAGUGUCAACGUUAAACAUGGGUUCCUGACAAUGACCCACUUAAGCGACGAAUUUGGAACGGCCAGAAACUGCAAUAUUUCGGCAAGCAAAGUCGGGGAUUAUUUCAAUGACAUUAUCAAACGCAAAGAGGAGUUGAGCAUGUUGCCCGAUUCCGGCAGGAAGCGGCAACAAAUCAACCCCAAAGACAACUUCUGGCCCGCCACAAUACGAACAAAAAAUGCCAUAGAACUCUGGUUUAAGGAUCUAGCUGGGAACAAACCAUUGAUGCACUUGUCGAAAAAAGCGCCCAAUUUCAACAAGAAAGAGGAGAUUUUUAUAAUGCUGUGCGAGUAUCAGGUGCCUAUGAUGCGGGCCGCCUGGUUUAUCAAGUUGAGUUCGGCUUACACAGUUGCCGUGUCCGAGGCCAAAAUCAAAAAACGGCAAAUGCCAGACCCGACUACAGAAUGGACCGGAACGAUGCUAAAAUUCCUCAAAGAACAAAUCCUCAAACUGCAAGACUAUUACUCCCAAGGUGAAAAGCCCCCUCAAACCCCUUCUCUGACCCAGGCUGCGACCACCGAAACUGAGCAAAAACUCGCAAUGCGUCAUUGGAUUUACUGCACACAGUUGCUCAAAUACAUGUAUGAGGAGGGCCUCAUGGACAGGCAAGAAGUCCUGACCUGGAUUCUCGAACUUUUGGAAAAAAUGAGGUCACAACCGUCCGAUGACGGCAUUUUGCGCCUUUUGAUGCCUUUAUGUUUGCAAUAUUUGGACGAAUUCGUCCAAUCUGAGUUGUUAUCGCGACGUUUGGCGCAUUUGUGUUGCAAAAAACUUGGCUACAUGUUGAAUAACGUCGCGGAAAAUAAUCUAAUCACCUCGCCCCAAAGUGAGACAAAGACGGAGCAAAAAGACAACGAAAAGGAAAAGAAGGAUGUGCCGGUGACCAAUCCCAUGCAAAGCACGCUCAUGGAGUACCAAAAUUGCCCACAUCAUCGGGAUAUUGUGUUACAGCUGAGCACUGUUAUUCAAACUAUAACUCUUGAAUGCCCGACGGCCCUAGUCUGGUGUGGUACUGGCGUUGGUAGUGUUUGGCACGGGUCUCCCCUAGAUUUACUACCAAUGGUACCAUCGUCACUCCCGAUGGCGGCGCGCUGCGACAUGAACACCUACCGGAAACAAUUGCAAUUUGCCGAACAUUGCAUAAGAGAAAGGAGCAAAAGGGCCGAAGGCCGCUGGUGUACGGAAAAAUGGCAAAAUUCGUCGGCCGGAACAAUCACAAAUCGUGUGUUGGCCGCGUUGGACGCCCUCGACCGCCACCGCUUCGACAAAAUGGACUCGACCAACUCCCUUGACACUCUCUACACCAAGGUUUUUGGCGGUAACAGUGACCAGGAAAAUUCCGUAGUAAAGUUAUUAUGUGAGUGGGCCGUUUCGCCCGAACGCACAGGUGAACACCGGGCCUUGGCGGUGGCGGCGCUUCUGGACCGCCGCCAGUCCGAUUCGGCCACAAACGGGGACCAGGAAACCGCCCCCGGGGACGAUAAAGACUCGAAUUGUUCCGUACCAGGGGGGCCUCCAAUGUUCCAACAACUGUUGAUGAAGUUUUUGGAUAGUGACGCUCCAGUGCCGGCACCUGAUGACUGUCCGCAGAAAAAAACCGCCUUUUCGAAUUUAGUUCAUCUGUUUGCUGAGUUGAUAAGGAGAGACGUUUUCUCACAUGAUGCCUACAUGUGUACGUUGAUUUCGAGGGGCGAUUUGCUGGGGCCCGAGGAAACCACCGAUGUGAGCACAAGCCACCAGUCACAUCACACGAAAUUAGAGGACCAUUCGCACAAUAUGGAUUUUGACGACGCGACAAUUGACCACGACUUGGACAAAAUCCUGCAGAACAUUAAAGAGGACCAACAAAACUCCAUGGACGUGCCUGACAGCCCCAAAGAGCACGACCAUGGGCACCACCCGCACCAAUCGUCCAUCGGCCAUGUGCCCAUGGAGACGGACCACAAUGACCAUAAAGUCAAGCCUUCACGCCACCUUCUCUACACCACCCAUUUCCCCUUGUACCAAGACGACCCAUUCUCCCAGCACGAUUGCAACCAACGACACGUCCUCCUCUAUGGAGUGGGUAAAGUCCGAGACGAGGCGCGACACACAGUUAAGAAAAUGUCAAAGGAAAUUUGUAAACUUUUCUCGAAGAAAUUCAGUAUAGACGUGGCCGAAGGCGGCAAAGUUAAGAAACACUCGCGCAAUGAAUUUAAUUUCGAAGCUACCACACAAAAAUGUCAAAGUUUGAGCUACUUUGACCAGCAUUUGGUCACAUGGCAGUGCAGUGUGACUGUUAUCGAAAUGUUGAAUUCUUUCGCCACCGGUAACUCGAAUUAUCUACCGGUCCAGGAACAUGUAGCGUUUCUCUUCGAUUUAAUGGAGUUGGCGUUAAAUAUUUACGGUCUGAUUGAUGUUUGCAUCCAGAUCUUGAAAGAACUCCCAGAGGUUGAGACCCAAUUGUAUAAUAAAAAUUCAGUCCUGACCCGAAACUACACAACUUCUUUGAGUCUCUACGUUGUGGGGGUCUUGCGACGAUAUCAUUGUUGUUUGUUGUUAUCACCGGAACAAACCUCUGCCGUUUUUGAAGGGCUUUGCAAGGUGGUUAAACACGUGAGCAAUCCAGGCGAUUGUAGUUCGGCUGAACGGUGCAUUCUGGCCCACUUGUACGAUCUUUACUCGUCUUGUAGUCUUUUAAAAUCGAAGCCUCACACCGGGGAACCGUUCGGGAAUGCGUACCCAAAGAUCCGGCAGGCUUUAUACACUGCCUUGCAGCCGACGCCGAGUAGUAAUUAUGUGUACAACUCAGGUUAUAUGCAGGAGGUUUUUACCAAUCCGAGGCGAGGUGGCCGAAUUGAGAGCUCGUGGGCGAGGCCGUUGAACGAAAGCGCAAAUAACAGAUAUUCAUUUGUUAGUAAUGCGGUUAUCUACGUUUGUCGCGAAACAGACAACGAAAGGUUGAACGAUUUGGCAAUAAUGUGUGCCGAAAUGACGGCUUGUUGUAACUCAUUGGCAUCGGAAUGGCUGGGUGUUUUAUUGGCCCUAUGUUGCCCUAUUGCCCAUCCUGGGUACUACACCGACGUGUUGGCGCAGCUUGACAUACAAGACGUGAGCAUACACAACGCUUUGGCCGUUUUUACGUGUAUUUUAAUCGCGAGACAUUGUUUCUCGCUGGAGGAUUUCGUAGGCAGGGUUGCUUUACCCAGCCUAUUGAAGGUGAAAACGUUGGAUAAUGGGAGUGGCGCUGCCGAGGGCGGCAUGCGCCUCACAUGCCACCUCCUCCUGCGACUUUUCCGCACAGCUGAGGGCCCCCAGCCUGGCUUGUAUUCCGUCGGUUCGCCGCCUUUGACAGCCCCCAGGCCUCCGCUGGGAGUGCGUCUCAGCUGCGACCGUCAUUUGCUAGCCGCAGCGCACCGUAAUAUUCACGUGGGGCCCGUUUUAGCAGUUCUGAAGGCUGUUUUAAUCGUUGGGGACGCCACAGCUCGUGAAGGCACCGAACUCAGCAUUUCACAUAUCUUGGGGACCAGUGAUUUGAUGAGUGGGGGCGAUGGUCCGUCCUUAGACCUGGCGGUAGACAUGGAGGUCUGCGGCUCCAGGACGGCCCAUAGACAAUCAAGCACCGGUAACGCCGAAAGCACGGCCUCCUUAUCAGCCUUCGCCUGUCACGUAUUGCGUGAAAUUUGCUCCCAACAGUGGGUCCUGGAGCGCUGUCUCUCCCAUCCGGAGGAACUUUGCGACUCUGAUAAUCUCCUAGACCCGCUUUUGUCGCAUUCGCAAGCUCAAAGACUGCUUCAUAUGAUCUGUUACCCCGAUGCUGGGACCAGUAUCGAAGAAUUGGAUCAGAAAAGUAUGAUAAGUCGGAUUUUAGAAAAUUUGGAACAGUGGACAUUGCGUAUGUCGUGGCUCGACUUGCAAUUAAUGUUCCGACAGUUCACUCCCAACUCUCAGGAGUUGUCUCAAUGGCUGGAUACGGUAGCUAAAGCCGCUAUUGACGUGUUCCAAUUAAACUCGUCUUCGUCGAAUUCGCCCAAAUCCGACGAGAAAAAACCGGAAAUUAAAAAUCGGGCGCAGAAUUCCAUUUGGUUGGUGGCGCCUCUCGUGUCGAAACUGCCAAGUGCGGUUCAAGGUCGGGUCCUUAAAGUGGCCGGUCAGGUGCUUGAAAGUGGGGGUUGGUGCAAGGAAACUAAGAGUAAAGGACGUGGAGGGAGUGAUAGUCAGAGUCUUUUGAGUCAUCAGCCCUUCCUGACUUUGGUUCUGACCUGUUUGAAGGGUCAGGAGGAGGGCCAAAGGGAAGGUCUCUUGUCCAGUCUCCACCAGCAGUUAUCACAGUUGGUGCAGCUGGCACGUGACGGCAAUUUGCAAGACAUUUGCAACAAUGAACGCACCCUUGAUGGGUUACAAUUGCGCUUUGCGCUGGUAGGUGGCGUGUUUGAGGCGUUCCAGAGGAACCCAUCAGCGACCACCGAUUGGGCGUUGCUUUUGGUACAGUUGGUAACCAAUGGAUUGAUUGAUUUGCACACGCAUAGCGAGUUGUUUACCACUGUUAUCGACAUGUUGGCAACAUUGAUUCAUUCGGCGCUGGCGACUGAUAGUCAGGAUGAGGGCCGGAAAAUGUAUCAGAAUUUGAUGAAAAAAUUGAAAAAGGAAGUGGGUGAGAGACAUAACGCCUCGUUACAACAUGUGAGACAACUGCUUCCGUUACCGCGGAGCGUAACCGAAAUAAUUGCGGUUGAACCGAUCGGUUGGGUCACCGAUGGCAAAGGGAAUAAGAUCAGUUUCGACAGUUUGGAUAAGAAACACGGUUUUCAGGUGACUGAUAAGCAACGCGUGAGCAGUUGGGACAUCCUCGAGGGUAUGAAAAACCCAGCCCCCUUGUUCUGGGCCUGGUUCGGGGCAGUCCGCCUUGAACGCAAGCCCCUGACCGGGGAAGACAACCAUCGCCUCCUCAAAUACCACACUCACAACCUCCAGCGGCCCCCAUCGCACUACUUGGACCCUCCGCCACUCCCACCAGAGGAUUUGGAGCCCGUCCCCGACAAGCCGCUAAAGGACUGUGACCUGAAGGCGGACACUCCCUCCUCGGUGGACCAGAGCCCAGCUGCGAUGGGCAAAGGCCGUGGUAAAGGUCAGCGACGUCCCCGCAAACCCAAAACCGUCCCAGGACAACUUCCCGUCAAUCCCAUGGGCAUGAACCAGCCCCAGAUGGGUCAAGGACAAAUGCCCAUGCAAGUGCCCGGACCCAACCCACAAAUGCACAAUAUGGGCGGCUACGGACAGGGGCCCAUGCCGCAGCAAGGCCAACAGUAUGGUAAUAACCAACAGCAAUGGUACAACCAACAACAGCAACAGCAGGGCUAUUACCCGCCUCAAAUGGCCAACGUUAACCGCUUCGAAAGGCCGCAGAUUAAUCAAUCCAAGCAAGCGCUUUCUAAUUUGCUGCGUUCGCGGCAUCCCCUGAACAUGGGGCCCACUGCACAAACCCCGCAAGGGCCGGGGCCCCAAGCUAACUACGGGCCCAUGAGGAGCUUCCCGAGACAGCCAAUGCGGCAACAACACCCAGGGGCGAUCCAGCAGAACCAGGUAAAGAACAUGUUCCCGCAGCAGUACGGCUCCAUGCAAGCCGGCAUGAACCAGCUGUAUGGCAACUACGGGGGCACACCCAACACCAUGAUGCCCAACAACAUGCAGGCGAGUCAGCAGAUGAUGCAGGGCUCGCAGCCGAACAUGUUCGCCGGUCAGCAGCAAGGGUUCGGGCAGCCGAGGCCCCCACAGCCCGACUAUCGCGGCAUGGCCCAAAACCCCCGGGCUCAGUACAUGCAACAAGCGCCAAACGUGACAAUGAACGCCAAUAUGAACACGAUGGGCGGGAUGGGGGGCCAAGGGGGCCCAGCACCGCCCUACUCGAGACAAACCCCGCAAGGGAUGCAACAAGGGGUGCAGCAACCCAACCAGUUCCAGCAACAGAGGAUGAGACAGCAGAUGAUGGCCAUGCAACAACAACAGCAACAACAAGGGGGGCCACAAGGAAAUACGUCCUCGUUAGUGGCGCAUUUGCAGAGGCAGAUGAAUCCUAACCCGUACCAGCAUCAGCCCCCACCGUAUAAUAUGUAAGAGUGAAAGUCGUGUGUGUUGUGAAGUGUGUAAAUAAAUUUAUUUACAAGAAA